AUUUAAACUCCCUGGAGCCGUUAAGUUGGUUCGUACGCUGAUGCGCGCGCAACCUGGGUGGUGGCGGAGUGCGCAUGCGUGAUUCUGGGGCGAAAGGAACGCGCUUUAGCAGUGCGCGCUCGCGAUUAAGUGGUAGUGGUGGAGGAGAAAGAGGUCGGCGCAAGCGUGGUUGAUUUCUCGAGUUCGGGUCUCGCGGGCUAACGGGGCGCGCGAGGGGGGGCGCGGCGCUCGGCCGCGAGACUAGGCGAGAAGUGCAGAGCUGCGUGCGCACUCGGGGGAGGGGGGAGGGGAGCAGGGUCUACGGAGGGGGUUUAAGCCCCCUAAUCCCUCUUGUUACUCUCUGGGAGGAGUAAAGGGAGGAAAUGAUCGAGAUGGCGGCGGAGAAGGAGCCGUUUCUGGUGCCGGCCCCGCCGCCGCCGCUCAAAGAUGAGUCGAGCGGAGGGGGCGGCCCCACGGUUCAAUCGCCACGAGAGGCCGCCUCCGGGCAGCUCCGCGGCCGGGCGGAACGUGGGCCCGGCCCUCGCGUAAACUCUGCAGGGGCUCCGGCUUGUGGGGAGAGUCCCGGUACUGCAGACACCUCUCGGGGCGGGCAGUCGCAACAGCAGCGAGGGGGCGGCCCCCAGGCGCAGUCGCUUGGAGAGGCCCGCUUGUCAGGUCCCUAUGGGCGAGCCGCUCCCCCGGAGCUGGGGGAGGAGCGACGGGCAGGAGGUGGGACAGAACUGGGUCCCCCUGCUCCUCCUCGACCUCGAAAUGGCUACCAGCCCCACAGGCCCCCCGGGGGGGGUGGGGGCAAGAGGAGGAAUAGCUGUAAUGUAGGGGGAGGCGGUGGAGGCUUCAAACAUCCGGCCUUCAAAAGGCGCAGAAGAGUUAAUUCGGACUGUGACUCUGUACUACCCUCCAACUUCCUUCUGGGGGGCAAUAUCUUUGAUCCACUGAACCUGAAUAGUCUUCUGGAUGAGGAAGUGAGCCGCACGCUCAAUGCGGAGACCCCUAAGUCAUCCCCGCUUCCGGCCAAGGGGCGUGAUCCAGUGGAGAUCCUCAUCCCCAAAGAUAUUACUGACCCGCUCAGUCUCAAUACGUGCACUGAUGAGGCCCAAGUAGUUCUUGCUUCACCACUCAAGGCUGGUCGGAAGCGACACAGACACCGGGGCCAGCACCAUCAGCAGCAGCAGGCAGUUGGUGGGAAUGAUAGCCACUCUACCAUCCUGCCCGCAGCGCCUCUCACUCCCUCACUCCAUGGGGAGGGAGCCACGCCCCAACGUCCGAGAGGCCAGAACCGGGAUGCCCCCCAACCUUACGAACUCAAUACAGCCAUCAACUGCAGGGAUGAGGUGGUGUCGCCCCUUCCAAAUGCCCUGCAGGGUUCUACAGCCUCCCUUUCAGUCCCUCCAGCCGCCUCAGUUACCCCUGCACCCACGUCUUCCUCCUCUCGACAUCGCAAACGUCGUAGGACUUCCAGCAAAUCAGAGGCAGGGGCCAGGGGUGGAGGCCAGGGUCCUAAGGAAAAGGGCCGCGGGAGCGGGGGAGGUCGCUACCACCACCAUCCACUACCUGCAGCAGGUUUCAAAAAGCAACAGCGCAAGUUCCAGUAUGGAAAUUAUUGCAAGUACUAUGGGUACCGCAAUCCUUCCUGUGAGGAUGGGCGCCUUCGGGUGUUGAAGCCUGAGUGGUUUCGUGGCCGGGACGUCCUAGAUCUGGGCUGCAAUGUGGGCCAUCUGACCCUGAGCAUUGCCUGCAAGUGGGGCCCGUCCCGUAUGGUGGGCCUGGAUAUCGAUGCCCGACUCAUCCACUCUGCCCGGCAGAACAUCCGGCACUACCUGUCUGAGGAGCUGCGUCUCCCAUCCCAGACUCCUGAGGGGAACCCAGGGGUAGAGGGUGGGGAAGGGACCACCACUAUCCGAAAGAGAAGCUGCUUCCCAGCCUCACUGACAGCCAGCCGAGGUCCUAUUGCUGCACCCCAAGUGCCCCUGGAUGGAGCGGACACCUCAGUCUUCCCCAACAAUGUUGUCUUCCUCACGGGUAACUAUGUGCUGGAGCGAGAUGAUUUGGUGGAGGCGCAGACACCCGAGUACGACGUGGUGCUCUGUCUCAGCCUCACCAAGUGGGUACAUCUGAACUGGGGAGAUGAAGGGCUGAAGCGCAUGUUUCGUCGAAUCUAUCGACAUCUACGUCCUGGGGGGAUCCUGGUCCUUGAGCCCCAACCUUGGUCAUCCUAUGGCAAGAGAAAGACACUUACGGAAACAAUCUACAAGAACUACUAUCGAAUCCAGCUGAAGCCAGAGCAGUUCAGUUCCUACCUGACAUCUCCAGAAGUGGGCUUCUCGAGCUAUGAGUUGGUGGCUACACCCAACAACACCUCCAAAGGUUUCCAGCGUCCAGUGUACGUGUUCCACAAGGCCCGUUCCCCCAGCCACUAAGUGGUCUCCUGAACAGAAGUGUGAAGAAGCUGCCCGCUGCUCUUAUGGACCCAGGGAAAGAGGAAAGUGUCCCAAGAUCUUUCCUCUCUGGCUCCAGAAACCAUUUCCUGUCUUGGAUCUGCAGAGAAAGCUUUUCCUAAGCUGCUGCCUCAGCCUCCUCCCUACACUGCUGGCACCUGAGCAGCAAGCCCAGCUGUGCUGGAGUGGCCAUCAUUGGCAAUCUCCCCCAGCCCUCUGGGCUGGAUGGCAUGGACUGUUUGCUGACCUGUUCUCCUAGGACAAGGGAGGUGAGGGGAUCAAACUCUCUAGCCCUUUCUCCUCCUCUCCCAAGGAGAGAUUCCCAUUUCUCCUCAGCCCUUGUCCCUUGCUGCAUUUCAGUGGACCACAGAUUGAUGGACUGAGGGUUUGAGGGGGAUGUUGUUUGGUGGGUAGGCACGCAGGUACUGUGAAAAUCCUUCCCUCUGCUGUCCCUCAUUGGGAGAAUGGGUUGGGUUUUGAAUUUGAGAACAGCACAAUAAACUUGAUGUUGAAGGCAGUGGCCCCUACACUUG